AUGAGCGCCGAAUCCUCAACUCCAACCCUAGUCCCAAGUACACCUCGCCGCUUCGGGUCAUUGACUCAUUCGCCACGUCUACGUGAUCUGGCUCGUCGGGCACGCUUACUGGAGAAGAAGUCUGCGCCCGUUACUCCUGUCGGUCCGCGGUUCUGGUCCGUUAAGACGUCUACGCCUAGUACUCCAGCUCCGAGAUGGAUGCUACCUUUACCGCGGAAGGUCCCCGAGACUCCGAUGACGAGCGUGAAGACUGUGGAGGUUCCUGAGUCACCGACGCCUUCGCCUCGGCUGCCUUGUCGAGUUAGUUCUUCUUUUGAUGCUAAUGUCGGGACACCAAAAAAGCCACUCGUUAACUUUCGGGGUGGUGCAUCCUGGCUUUCUCUUCCACGGGACAAGUCGAAGUUGGGCUUGGAUUUGUUUUCCCCUUGUGCACAGGGUCAAGAGGAUAUCAACUGUCUUGAUCUGAUGGAGUUGAAACCGCUUUGUCACUUUCGUUGGUUACGGUCGCUGAAGCUUGUUGGGAUGAUGCAGUCUUAUCAGACAUACAUCUGGCAGGCUGCUUGGUUGAACUUGGGUCUUGAUGAGCUGGAGCUCGGGAUGGUGCUAAAGCCGGAGAUACUGAGUGUGACUCACGGUCGUCAGUGGGAUCUCGUCGAAGAAGGAUGGACAAUGAAUGAGAAGCAGACUGGUGAUCCUGUGUACCACGGGCAUCUCGGUAACGGUGAACUCCACCCAAGAAUUGGCUACGGCGAAUAUCUCGACAAACACAGUAUUGAAAAAGCCAAGUUGCUCGCCUUGACGUUGGACCGUACCAGUCACCGCCUCACGAUUAAGAGCCUCACUCUUUCCGGAUUUGUCGUCGACGCUGACCCUUUCCUGCAAUGGUUCGAUCCCCAGCGUUUGCGCAGCAUUUACUUCAAAGGUGAGUGCAUCGAUGCUGGAUUCUGGCUACCCCCUGCUAUGCAGAGGGUGAUUGUUCGAUGCCCGCGCAAUGUCGAUCUCGAACCUAUGCCUGUUGGGAUCCUCACGCUGAAUUUGCGGAAGGACCUGAUGGUUGUGGAAAUGAAAGAUGGAAAGAAGGUCUAUGAGAUAGUGUUAGGUGACUCGGAAAUUGUGAUGGGUCGGCAGUGA